GAGGUUUGCGCGUUGUCGCUUUCUUGCAGGAAGUGGGAAGAGGAGGAGGAAGGGUAAUUGCGCUCGUCCGGGCCCUUGCGGGUUUCGGGAACUCCAAGGGCUGGGAGGUGUAUCCUGUGCCUUGCCUGAUUGGGAGCUCUGAAUCCAGUUCUGUUGUCUUGAACUUAAUCAGACAGUCACAAUGGAGGCUCCUCCAGUCACCAUGAUGCCGGUCACCGGUGGCACCAUUAACAUGAUGGAGUACCUACUACAGGGGAGUGUCUUAGACCACAGUCUGGAAAGCCUCAUCCACCGCCUGCGCGGUCUGUGUGACAACAUGGAGCCGGAGACUUUCCUUGACCAUGAGCUCGUGUUCCUCCUUAAGGGCCAGCAGGCCAGCCCGUUUGUCCUCAGGGCCCGGCACUCUAUGGACAGGGCGGGAGCACCCUGGCAUCUGCGCUACCUGGGACAGCCGGAAAUGGGAGACAAGAACCGCCACGCACUGGUGCGAAACUGCGUGGACAUCGCCACAUCUGAGAACCUCACUGACUUCUUGACGGAAAUGGGCUUCCGCAUGGACCACGAGUUUGUCAUCAAGGGACACCUGUUCCGUAAGGGCAUCAUGAAGAUUAUGGUGUACAAGAUUUUCCGCAUCCUUAUGCCAGGAAACACAGACAGCACCGAGGCCUUGUCACUGUCCUAUCUUGUGGAAUUAAGUGUUGUUGCCCCGGCCGGGCAGGACGUGGUCUCUGAUGACAUGAGGAACUUCGCUGAGCAGUUGAAACCUCUGGUUCACCUAGAGAAAAUAGACCCCAAAAGGCUCAUGUGACAUCUGGGUCUGUCCAUCUGUCCUCACCUGUUAAAAAAAAGAUGAUGUAAAUGCCCGCUUUUGCCACUGCCAGGCAGGCAUUAUUCAGGAAAAAGGAUGGCAAGGAUAGUUGGUUCUGUGCAUGGUUUUCUUUCUUUUCUUUUCUUUUUUUGUCUUUUUGAGACAGGGUGUCACUAUGCAGUUCAGGCUGGUCUUGA